AGAGAUUUUUCCCUGCCAUGCCGGUCAUCCGUAGUGACUAUUGAAAUGGCUUGGUGGUGCAAAAGUGGUUCUGUGAAAUGAGGCUGUCAGCAAAGGUGCAGGGUGCAGCACGGAAAACUGCGGCGAAAUCGCGAGCGUCGCUGGCGCCGGUGCCACCUGACAUUGUUGUAGGAUGCCGGGUGUUGGUGAAGGCAGUGGAGGGAGAAGAUCCGCUGCCAGGUCUUGUGCUUUUUAUCGGAGAGACCCAGUUUGCAGCGGGCACAUGGUUGGGCGUUGAGCUGGACGAUCCCAAAGGAAAGAAUGAUGGAACAGUACAAGGUGUCAGCUACUUCAACGCCCGGGUGAACCAUGGUCUUUUUGUGCGCGCUGUGAAGGUGCAGAAGAUCGAGGACAAGGAGGCCACCGGCCGGCCAACGUUGCCGGCCCCUUCUUCGCCCGCCCAAAAGAUGCCCAAAGCGUUUGCUGUCGGUGAUCGGGUGCUGGUGAGGCCUGCGGAGAACAGCCCGGGCACGGUGCGGUUUGCGGGGCAGACGAAGUUUGCCGAGGGCGAAUGGUUUGGCGUGGAGUUGGAGAAGCCCUUGGGAAAGAACGACGCGAAGCUUCAAUGA